UUUUAUCAUAAUUACCAAUUUCUACACCCAAUCCGAAUCCGCCUCCGCCGGAACCUUCACUGUCGACUUCGCCACCGCCUUCCGUUCAGCCGGUCGCGGCCGACACCUAUAAUAACACCUCAUCACAUGUUCCAGAUUCUCUUCAUUUUUACCCCCUUCCCAUUCUGUACAUUUUCAAAUUCCCCUGUACGAAUUGCAACUUUCUUCCCCAUUAAGAUACAUCAUGAUUUGCGUUUGUAUUCUUGUUUGAUUGUUUAAUUAUUAUUGAUGUUGUGAUUUUGUUCGGUUUCCAUGGAGGUUAAUGAUUUGUGGGUGAUGUCUCCUCCCUUAUCAUCUCCUCCGUUUUCCAGCGAUGAAGAAUUUCAAUCUGAAAACCUAACCCUAACCCUAAUUCCAGGUUUGCCGGAUGAUCUAGCAGCUUUGAUUCUUUCGUUUGUUCCGUUUUCUCACCACAAUCGCCUCAGAUCUACCUGUAAAUUAUGGAAAAAUUUCUUCUCAUCGAAAACCCUAAUUUCAAUUCGCCGGAAACACCUUCAUUCCUCCCAUUUAUCUCAUCUUCUCUGUAUUUUCUCCGACGACCCCACGAUUUCUUCCCCUUACUUAUUUGAUCCACAAAAUCUCGCUUGGUGUCAGCUCCCUCCUUUGCCAUGUAAUCCUCACGUCUACGGUCUCUGUAAUUUCACCUCCAUUUCUCACGAUUCUCAUCUCUAUGUACUCGGCGGGUCCCUUUUUGACACCCGAUCGUUCCCACUUGACCGCCCAUCGCCGUCGUCCUCCGCCUUCCGUUUCGAUUUCACAACACAGGGUUGGGAAUCACUUUCCCCUAUGCUUUCCCCUCGUGGGAGCUUCGCCUGUGCCUCCAUUCCUAAAUCCGAUCGGAUCAUCGUUGCCGGUGGUGGGUCUCGGCACACCAUGUUUGGAGCUGCCGGAAGUAGGAUGAGUUCUGUUGAGAUGUAUGAUAUUGCUACGGAUGAAUGGACGGCGUUGGAUGGAUUACCGAGGUUUCGAGCUGGAUGUGUUGGAUUCAUGGUGGGCAAUGAGGCUGAUAACAAAGAAUUCUGGGUUAUGGGUGGCUAUGGCGAAUCGAGAACGGUUUUGGGUGUUUUUCCGGUGGAUGAGUAUUACAGAGACGCGGUGGUGAUGGAUUUGAAGAAUGGUGGGGUGGGGAAAUGGAGAGAACUUGGAGAUAUGUGGGAAGAAGGAGAAAGGAGGAGAUUAGGGAGAAUUGCUGUAAUUGAGGACAUUAAUGGAGGUUCUCCCUCUGUUUUCAUGCUUGACAAGAGUGACAUUUUUAGGUAUGACAUGGCUUCUAAUUGUUGGAAAUACGAAACUAGCAUCCCAAAAAAACUAACAGAUGAAUCAUCGACCGGGUUUAUUGCACUCGAUGGCGAGUUGCACGUUAUGGGCUCUAUCAAUGGAGGUGAUACAACAGAUAACAACUGGAAAUCAAGACAGCAAAAGAGGUCAGCAUCUCUGUUCUUUCAGAUAUAUCAUCCUCAGAAGAAAGUAUGGAGAACCCUAGUCAACAAACCACCAUUCCCGCAGUCAUUAGAUUUCAAAACUGCAGUUUUAUGCACUAUUCGAAUAUAGGGUUCAUUGGUGCUGGAUCGAUGUGUGUAAUGUGUUGUGUUGCUAUCAUACAUGAAUUUGGUAGUCCCUAAUGGUUUUUUUCAACCAACCUUUCACUCACCUAUUCAAAUACUUGAAGAUUUGUAUGAUUACUUUAUUUGGGGGGAAUAGUCUUUGGAUCAACUACUCUAUCCUUUGUUACUUAAAUUGUUCAAAUAUGGAAAAUAAAUUAAAUAUA